AUGUUCUCUCGAAGGUUUAUUCCAGUUGCACAAUCUACUAAGCAGAACAUUGGCAAAUAUGUGCGAAAAGAUGCUAGAUUCACUUUGUUGACAUACAAUAUGCUCUCACCGUCAUAUAUGUGGCCGCAAGUCUAUACUUAUGUUGCGGAGCGGUAUAAAAACUGGAAUUAUAGGCACAAACUGCUAGAGAAGGAGCUUCUAACUACUUUUAAGGCAGAUAUUAUGUGCCUGCAAGAAAUGACUACGGGGGAUUACGAAAACUAUUGGCGCAAUUCCAUUGGAGUUGAUAUCAAUUACGGGUCCAAGUUCAUCUCCAAGACCCCACCCAAGUAUUGGGAGAAACCGAUCAAAGAUAUGGAUGGUGUAUCCAUUUUUUAUAACCUUGAAAAAUUCGACUAUAUUUCAUCGUCAGGGAUUUACUUGAAUCAAUUACUAAAUGUUUUUAAUGAACGUGAAUUGAAAUACUUGUACAAUAAAAAGGUGACUUUAACAGACGGCGCUUCUAAUGUUAUUGGCGAAGACAGUUUAUUGGAUGUUUUGAAGGGCAAGAAUCAGGUAUGCUUAUUCGUAUCCUUGAAACAUAAGGAAUCGAAUACCAUAUUUGUCGUUUUAAAUACUCACCUGUAUUGGAAAUAUGACGAAGUAAAGCUGACACAAUGUAUGAUCAUAAUGAGAGAACUGUCAAAAAUAAUCAAGCAACUUCUUCCAGGUGAUGCAGAUGCUCAAGAGAAAGUGAAGAUUUUAUUCACUGGUGAUUUAAAUUCUACAAGAGAUUCAUUAGUUGUUAAUUUUUUGCAGGGCCAGAUAGUUAAUCAUGGAGAUCUUAAUCUUGUUAACCCAAUGAGACCGUAUUUGGACCGUUGUGUUUAUGACGACAUACCAAGUGACUAUUUCGUGCAUACGUGCUAUUCAGGGAAAUUGAAGGGUAUUUUUGAUUAUGUCUGGUAUCACGACUCAGACUUCUUAUUAACUAAGAUUUUAACCGGUAACGAAGUUUCAGAUGAAUUGUUAGCAUCAAGUCAAUUAGGCCUACCCAAUGAAAACCAUCCCAGUGAUCAUAUACCCCUACUAACAGAAUUCAAGAUACUAUGA